UAACCUUAAAAGUAAACAAAUUUUUUUUUACAGUUCCCCUUUGCUUGUUUUGUUUAUUUAAUUUCUUUGCAAUAAUGAAAAAAAUAUAUAUAUAAUUAGAAAUAUUAAAAAAAACAAUUACGGAAAUAAUUAAAAUUAAAAAUGCCUACAAUGAUAGCAUUGGACGUCUCACUUUCGAUGAGACGUCCUGUACCUGGUGCAAGUUCCACUGACACUUUACCAAGUGAACAAUUAACAAGACAUCAUUUAGCAGUUCAGGGUAUCAAUGUUUUAUUGGAUUAUUUGCAAACAAAUUGUAAAUUAGAAUUCGUCUCAUUGGUAGUUUUUUCAUCAUUAUACGAAGUAAUUUGUCCCUUUACACGUGACUAUGAUCAAAUUCGAUCACAAUUACAAAACAUUGAGGAAUGUGAUAAAACUUGUAUAGAAACAGCUCUACUUGGAGUUAAUAGUAUUAUUAUGUCAGAAUGGGGAAAUUCAACGGCAUGUCAAGUAAUUUUAAUAACUGACGGUAGUCCAGGUGUGGGACCAAUGUCAUUAGGAGAUUCAUUAAAUUCAUUGAAUGUCUUGAGGGAGUCAAAUCCAUUUCCCCUACCGUUUCCCUAUCCGGGAAAAUUGACUGUGGUUUGCAUUGCUGGACCACAAGAUCUUGGCUUAAUCACUGGUUUACCAUUAUAUCAAAGAUUAAUCGAAUUAGCCGGUGGUGACAGUAUGGUUUUAUUACCAGAGGGACAAUUAACAAAAACAUCCGUUCAUAAUUGUUUUAAAAAAUUAGCCGAAACCACAUACGUUCCAUUUCAAGGAUAUUUAAAAUGUGGCAAUUUAGGAUCACGUAUUCUACUCUCACCGCCACCAAUGACAUACUCGAAAAAAGCAGAUUUCGAAUCAUUCACUGGUCUAACACUAGCGAAAACAAUGGAAAUUUGUGGUUUUAUAUCAGUAGCUGAUGUUGGUAGUCCAAGUGCAGUUUCUCGUCAUUUAAUUUUACCAUUACCAACUGAUAAAACAACAAGUAUGCAAGGUAUUUCACUUGAAGAAGAAUCUGAUAAUGAAGAUAAUGGUGACGAUGGUAAAAUUCCAUCAUUUUGCGUUUUAUUACAUGGCGCAUUAAAAGUUGAAAAUAUGGCAGCAUUGUGUGCAUUAAAUUCCGAUUGGUAUGGAUUUAUAUAUUCAUGGGCGGAUUCAAAGAAAAAAUCAAAUUUAAUGUUAACCAUAUUGGAACCUGGUACUGAUAUUAUUCCAUGGUUGGGCAAUUUAAGUAAUCUCGGUCCAAUUGAAUUGGCGGGUAAAAAUAAUGAUGCUAGUUUUCCCGUUAAACCAACUGAGAAACGAAGUUAUUCACAAAAUGCACCAUCAUGGAUUCGUCAAGUUGGCUUACAAUCAGAUAUACAAAAAAUUUUACGUCACGCCAGAAAAUUGCCCGAGAAAACGCAAAAUUUUUACAAGGAAUUAAAUCGUUUGCGAAGAGCCGCAUUGUCAAUGGGUUUUGUAGAAUUACUAGAAGGUUUAGCAUUAAUUUUCGAAAGGGAAUGCACUCUUUUACCGCCAAAUUUACAUCCAGAUUGUACAAUACAAAUGGGUCAUGUCGCCGAUAUGUUAAGAAAACCCUAUUCACGUGAAUUGAAAAAUAAUAUUACACCCGUACGCACGAAAUUUCAUCACGGAGGAACUGAAUGAGUAAAAGAUGUAUAAGGGUGAUUCUCUCAAAAAGAACAAAUUAUUUGUGCACAAUUUUUGGACGAGGUUUUUGUUAAAAAAUAAUAACAUUAAUUUCAAUUAAUAAACAUUCUCCCAGCCAUACGAUAAAAUUCAACAAAUUUUUAUGGGAUCACUAAAGAAAAUUUCAAAAAAAUGGCAAACAACUGAAUUAUUGAAUGAAAAAUAGUGUUAAAACUCCAUUCCGUAACUCCAUUCCGUAACAUCAAUUUUUAUUCAAUAUUUCAGUUAUUUUACCUUUUUUUAAAAUUUUCUUUAGUGGUCCGAUUGAAAAUUGUUAAAUCCUAACGUAUGGCUGACAGAAUUUUAAAUAAUAUCAAUUAAUUUUCAUAUUUUUUAACAAAAGAUCUUAAAAGCGUAAUUUGUCCUUUUUGAGAGAAUUACCCAUAAAUUUUGUGUAAAAAAAAAUUGUAAUUUUCCAGAGAAUUUUAAAAUAUACAUUUUUAUUAAUAUAAA